UUCUGUGAGCCGCAGUUUUUAUUAUAUAUUUUAAACUUUGCAAAAUUUCAGAGAAGAUGAUGUCUGAUUUGCAAACCGACGAUCUUCCAGCAGAAGGUUCAGAGCCGUCGGUGAAAAAGAUCAAGCUUGAAGCUCCUGAUCCUGAAGAGCCCAGCAAUGACAGGUUGAAAGCGAAACCAGAUCUUCCAAAGCUUAAUAUUGACGAGGCUUCAGCUUCUCAAAAAAGUGCAGAGGAAUCUAAAGUGAGUGGAGAUGGAACCCCUCUGUUUGAUACCCCCACUACCCCCCACCCUGGGGGUUCAACAGCACAGGAGAAGAACAAGAAGGAGGCCGAGAAGGAGGAGAGGGAGAAGAUGCAGUUCCUCGUCUCAAACUUUACCGAGGAUCAGUUGGAUAGAUAUGCUAUGUAUAGAAGAGCUUCAUUUCCUAAGGCAACAAUUAAGAAGAUAAUGCAGAAUAUUACUGGUAGUUCUAGUACAGGACAGAAUGUUAUUAUAGCUAUGGCUGGUAUUGCAAAGGUGUUUGCAGGCGAGGUUGUAGAGAUGGCUUUAGAGGAUAUGGGAAAGUCAGGGGAGGCUGGUCAACCAAUCAGACCUAAACAUCUACGAGAAGCUGUCAGAAAACUAAGAACUAAAGGAUACAUGCCAAAGAUCAAGAAACAGUGCCCAUUUUAGAAUUACUUAGUUUUCCAUUUUAUAAUUACUUUUAUGUCCAUUUUGGAACUACUUUAGUGUCCAUUU